AUGCUGAACAGCAAAUUGAAAAUGCCGGCAAUUCGGAGAAUAAUGCCAAUUCCGAAAUCCAAAAGAUCCACUUUUGUGGCCAAGAGGCCGCGGCUUUUCCUCAAGUAG